ACAUUGUCGCGACGGACGAGUUGAAAAAGUUGGGACAACAGGAUGCGUUGCACCAGUAUUUCGGCACGUUCAUCGACGAUCGAGAGAUGUUUCCCAGUCAGGAUACGAUGAAGAAUCGGGUCGGCCCCUUCGAUGAGGUGCCAUCCGAACUGCUCGUAAACCACGAUUACACCGAGAUGACGGCCUUCUUGAAGAAGACGGCCCUCAACUACCCCGAUAUUACGUAUCUGUACUCUGCCGGGAAGAGUGUAGAGGGAAGAGAUCUGUGGGUAUUGAUCGUCUCCGACAAGCCACGCGAGCACGAGCUGCUCGAGCCGGAGGUCAAGAUAGUUGCCAAUAUGCAUGGCAAUGAGGUAGUCGGCCGAGAGGCGUGCAUCUAUCUGAUCGACAUAUUCACAAGAAAUUACGGGAAAAAUGAGUGGAUCACGAGAUACGUCAACGACACGAGACUACACCUAAUGCUGUCGAUGAAUCCGGAUGGCCACGAAAAGGGCAUUGCCGGGGAUAGAAUGGGGUAUACGGAAAUGUCCGGUGGUAAAGAGCCGGAGCCAGAAACCGUGGCCGUGAUGAAGUGGCUUCAACAGUACCCGUUUGUACUAUCGACGAAUCUUCACGGCGGUUCACUGGUGGCCAACUACCCGUGGGACGACUCGGUGACGGGCAGGGAUGGCGAGUAUACACCCACCAAGGAUGACGUCCUGUUCGUCGGUCUGGCCUACAGAUACGCGAGGGCCCAUCCGAACAUGUGGAAAACCGGAAGGAGAUGUGGGCUUCAAGUGGAUGGGGACACAUUU